AUGGAAAAUUUUUUUACAAAAAAAGUAAAAGAUGUAUUUUCGAUUUUGAAAAAAGGGAGUAAUAAAGAGGAAGAAGUAUCUUCAUCUGAUAAAAAUAAAAUUAAUAAUACUUAUAUUAAUGGCACGGAGAAAGAAAAAAAUGAUUUGGACAAUUUGAAUACAGAAAAAAAGGACAUAAAUAAGGAAAAUAUUAGUAGCCCAAAAAAUGAAAAUAAAAAAAAAAAAGAAGUCCAAAAUUUAGAACAAAAAGAAAAUGAUGUGAAUGUAAAUAAAAAAAGAAGAUUAAUGAAAUUACACAAUAAAGAUAAUGUUUAUUUAAUUGAUAACUUUAUUAGUAUAAAGAAGAGCACCGAUAUUGUAAAUCAUGCGAGUGCAAGGGAUACAAAAAAAAGCAACCCCAUGAUUUUUGCAGCUGCGACUACUACGACUACAACUACAACUACAACUGCAACCACAGAAACUGCAACCACAGCAACUGCUACUGGUGCUGCUACUGCUACUGCUACUGCUACUGCUACCGAGUUAAGUGCUUUUUCACCCGUGUCCACUUGCAUUGCUACGAGUACGUCAUAUACUCCUAGUAUAUGCACUUUUUUAUCAUUUAAAAAGGAUGAGGAGGAAAAGAAAAACAAAACAUUCGAUGCGAGCAAUAAGAUGUACUUCAAUGUAAAGAGCUUAAAUGAAGAUGAGAACAAAUCUAAUAAUGAAAUCAUAAAAAAAGAUACAGAUUCAGUUAUAGCUACAGUUGCAGUUACAACUACAGUUGCAGUUACAGCUACAGAUAAUGCUAAAAAGGUAAAAGGAACAAGUUUGAAAAGUGUAGAAAACAGUUUACCAGAGAAUGAAGUAGAAAUAGGCAUAAGAGAUGAAAAUGAUAUUAGUAGUACAAGAGGAGAAGAAAAGAAAACAAAAAUUAUAACAAAAAAAAGCUUAUCCAAGAAGACAAAAGUAGUAAGUAGUACUACAACAAGCGAAAUGAACAAUUUAAAUUUUGCAAAAAAUAGUGGAAAAGACAAAAAAGUAAACAGAAUUGAUGAAAUUUUUAAAAGUCUAAUAGAGAAAAAUGGAAAAAAGGAGUUCCUUCCUUACGCUUCCAACACUCAGAACACAGAUUUAUCUCAUGAAAGAACUGCACAUAGCAAUAAAGUUAAUGGUGAUGAGGUUGGCUUGUUAGAAAUACAUAUUGAAGAGUUGAAGGAAUAUAACAAGGAUAGUGGAAAUGACACAUGUAAUUACAUUUGUAAUGGUAUAAUUAGCUCAAGUAAAAAUGGUUUGGACAAUUCUAGUGAAAAGGAGGUUACUGAAACGGGGGAUACAACGCAGAAAAGGAAUGAGUUGGACGAACAUAGUAAAACCUGCGGCGAUGAUAAAAAUAAUGAUAAUAGUACGAACAGUACUAAUGGUGAUAAUAACACGAAUGGUGGUAAUAGCACGAAUGGUGGUAACAGCACGAAUGGUGGUAACAGCACGAAUGGUUGUAAUAAUAAUGAUGAUAAUGUUAUCCAGGUCGGUGGAAGCAAUCUACACAGUGAUGAACCCUAUACAAGUGAUAACAUAAAUGCCAACUGGAAAAAUGAAGGUCAUCUAGAUAAACACAUUAAAUUUGUAGUCUAUCCUAAUGAUACGCGUAUAAAUGUAGAUAGUCCAACAAAUGAUUUAAAUAAAAAAAAAAUUGACGAUCAUAAUGAGGGUUAUAUACAAGAGAGGAAUAAUAAAGAGAAAAAAUUGUGCAUCGUAAGUGAUAUAAGCAAAAAUGAAAUUUAUGAUAAUAUAUUAAAUAGUUCUAACGAAGUGAAAUGUGAAGAUAACCUAAACAAAAUACAAACGAAUGAUGAGAAAAAUGAAAAAAAUUAUACCAGUAAUUUAAAAUUAAAAUUCCCAGAUUUUGCUAUUGAUCAAAGUAAAAAAUUAAUUAAUGAAACGAAUGAAUUUUUUAAAAUGUAUAAUUUAAAUCUUAAAAUUGAACACCUACCUAUUAGUAUUCCAGAUGAUUUAAAAUUACUUAUUGAAAAAAAAAAGAAAAUUGUCAGUAUAAUAAAUGAUUAUAAAAAUGAAUUAAAGGGAAAAAGAGAAGGCAGUAAGAGGGAGGAAGCUACUUCUGAGAUGAAAACGGAAAAGGGAGGCCAGGAAAAAGAGGAGGGAGCAAAAGCAAAGGGGGAGAUGGAAGAGAAGGAGAAAAAAGAGAAUGUCAUGAAGGAUGAGAAAAAUGAAAAAAAAUAUUCCAAAGAAGAAAACACAGAGAAACAACAUCCCACAUUUCCCAAUGUGAAUAUGGAUAUAUGUUCGGACAAAAAUGAAAAUAAUAAUGACACACGUAUCGUUAGGCAUAUAAUAGAUUCUCAUGAUAAAGAAAAGGAUAAGGAAUUGGUAAGUGCUGACAACCUUUUGGAUUUCCCGCAAUUGGUAAUUAGUAAAAAGAACAGUAAUGAUGAUAGCAAUAAUGGUGGUUGCAGUGGUGGCUAUAAUGGUAUCCAUAAUGAUAACCAUGACAUAAACAGCUGUGAAACUGAUGUAGAUGAAAACGAACUGGAGUUCAUUUCGAAAGAUAAGGCUUUUUUUUCAAAUAAGGAAAUAAACGGUCCGUAUAACGAGAAUAACGGAAGAGAAUACAAAAAGAGCAGUCAUGCAAAAAUAAAAAAAAAAAAAGAAGUUGAAAAUAAAAAAUUGGAAAAGGGAAAUUCUUAUGAUAAUUUAAAUUAUUUGAGUGAUAGUGCUAAAGAGGUUAUAGAAAAAGAAUAUAAAAAUUUUUUAGGUAUAUUUGAAAAAUUGAAUCGAGGUGAAUAUGUUGGCCAAGAAGAGGCCAAAGAGAGAGGAAUGAAGAAAUACGUUGGCACAACAAAUGUUAGCGGCACAACUAAUACUAGCGGCACAACUAAUACUAGCGGCACAACUAAUACUAGCGGCACAACUAAUACUAGCGGCACAACUAAUACUAGCGGCACAACUAAUACUAGCAGUACGACGGAUAAGCAAAGUGAGAUAAAAAGAGCCAAAAACGAGUUCAUCCGCGAUCUUAUAAACAGUUUAACGGCUAAUAAUAGCGAAGAAGAGAACUAUAUGAAAUACAAGAAGAUCAAGAAUGAAGAAGUAAGGUAUAAAAAAUUAAAAGAAACAAUAACAGAAAUUAAAAUUAAGGAAAAAAAGAUUGAUGUAAUACUAAGCAGUAGUUUAAAUUUCUUCAAAUAUUCUAAUAUAUAUAGACAUCGUCAUUUUUUACAUGAAAAAAUGUUAAUAAAUUGGAGCUAUGUGGAAAACUUGAUUAAUAAAAAGAAUGAUAUUAGAAAUAGAAAUUUACCUUUUCAAUUAUUAGAAUUGGAUAAAAGUUUAUUAGAAAAUAUACAAAAUAGUUAUGAUGAUAUACUAUUAGAUGAUUUUUCUGGUAUCAUUAUAACAUUAAAUACUAAUUCUUUUCCGACAACAGUUGAUGGAAAUUCUAUUCAUAUUUCUAAAAUUAUAUGUGGUUGUUUAAUUGAGUAUUUAGGUACAUCUGAAUUAAAUAUUAAAUGUAUUUGGGCUCAUCCAUUUUUGAAUGCUAAAUCAACGUAUCAUAUUUUGUGUGCGUUUCUACCUAGAGUUAUUUUAGAGGCAUUUCUAAAUAAUAAUAUAUGUUCAGAAAAUAAAGCUAUUUGUAAUCAGUUAGUUAAUGCGGCGAAUGCCAGGAAAGAAGUAAGGGAAGAUAUGCACAUGAAUGAUGUUGGCAGCGAAGAGGAGGAGCAGCAGCAGAAGCAACAAGAGCAGCAGAUGGGGGAGGACCACCGCGAAAAAGAAAAAGAAAAAGAAACUACCAGAACAAAACACUCAUCGAAGAAAAAGAAAAGCUUUUAUGAUAGAUUACACUUACUUCGAGAGAGUAACAAAAAUGGUAAUAGCAACGAUAAUAUUGUUUUUGAAUAUGAUAAUGAUAGUAAUAGUAAUAGUAAUAGUAAUAAUAAUAAUAAUACAUAUGUAAAAAGUGAAGAGCAAUAUUUUAGCAAUUUUUCUGCCUAUCUGUACCCUGCUACGUACUUCCUAAAUUUUAAUAAAGAAUGCGCAUCAAUUCUAAACAGUUCAACAAUACAUAAAUAUGAUAUAUGUCAUCAUAAUGUUGAGCAUAAUUGUAAUUAUACGUACCCCACUUUUAGUCAGAAUGAAUCAUUAAAAGAUGAUAAAUGUAAUAAUAACAAAAAGUUGUCGGAUAAAUUUUUGUACAUAAUAUUUAGUGAUAUUGAUAUAUUCCCCAGACAGUGUUAUUUAUUGUUAUGCUCAUAUAAAUACAUGUGUUUAAACAUGCACUAUGACACAGAUUGUUUUUCUGUUCAUUAUGACUUGAACCUUAAGAAUAUUAAAAAAGAAAAUAUUGGAAAAACAGCUGAAUUAUCAAAUACAUGUCCAUGCACAUCAAUCAAAAAUAAUAUAUCCGAUGUUGAGGAUUCCUAUGAAAGGAUCAUAGGAUGCAGUGAACUGUACAUGUACUACAUGAUUCCCAAGAAGGAGGAAAGGGAAAGCCUGGGCUUAUUAAAAAGAAACGGAUGGAGGGAUUUAAUUUCGAAUAUUUUUUAUGAGGACAUAAAUGAAAACAUUUCAAGUAUAAUAAAAAUAAGAACGAACAUAAAUAAUUUAUAUGAUCAUAUAUCUAUGCAAAAUAAAUUAAAUGAAAAGAAUUACACAUCAACGUAUAUAAAUAAAUAUGAGUGGUGUGGGCUAAAAUUAAAGCACAUACGUAAUAUGAUGAACGAGGAUUUUAACUUCGAGUCCCCCAAAAAAAAGUAA